CCAGAGAUAGGGCACUUGCAGGUUCUGACGUCAUCAGCAGUCGCCCACUGGAGGCUUCCAGAAAUCAGCCCGGUAAGAAGAGUGCUGGCAGCUGUCAGUGUGACCCAGAGCUAGUAUAAGUCCCAGCAGAGGUCAUCAUGCCCCGAGGUAGUCGCAGUGUCUCUUCUCGCCAAGCUGCCAGCCCAGCAGCUUCUCAUGCACCGGCUCCAGCGCACCCACCGCCCUCGGCUGUGGCCGCAGCUCCAGCUCCGUCUCAGGGGCCCGGGCUGAUGGCUCAGAUGGCUACUACAGCAGCCGGGGUAGCUGUGGGCUCCGCAGUGGGCCACGUUCUUGGUGGAGCCCUUACUGGCGCUUUCAGUGGAGGAAGCUCGGAGCCAGCAAAGCCCGCUGUACAGGAGGCCCCAAAGCCCCCCACCUACGCCCAGCAGCCACAGUCUACUUAUGGCCCCUGCCAUUAUGAACUGAAGGAAUUCUUGAACUGUGCUGCCAAUAAUGAUGACCUGGUCCUGUGUGAGGGAUUUAGCGAAGUCCUAAAGCAGUGCAAACAAAACUAUGGUAUCUCUUCCCUCAUUUAAUAGUCUUCUGGAUCCUCGCUGGACAGUGAAAAGCCAUAUCUCAGCAGCAGUAUAUUUUAAUUCUCUACCCACUACAUGCCCAGGGAAGUUACCUUUCAGUAGAAUAUUUAAUAAAUAUAUUUCUAUUUUAAUUAA